AUGCGCUUGAAGCCGCAGUUGCUGGAGCACCUCCUGCACCCCACUUUCGACCCAACAGCGCAGAAAAAGGUCAUCACCAAGGGCCUGCCAGCAUCGCCUGGUGCCGCGGCUGGCAAGGUCGUGUUCUGUGCUGACGAGGCCGUGCGACGGGCAAAUGAUGGGGAGCGAGUCAUCCUGGUGCGAAGCGAGACGAGCCCUGAUGAUAUCCACGGACUUCAUGCAGCACAGGGUGUGCUGACAAUCACCGGCGGCAUUACCAGCCAUGCUGCCGUAGUGGCCCGUGGCAUGGGCCGGCCAUGCGUGGUUGGUGCGGGACGUGCUGCAGUCGACUUGGCAGCAAGGACUUUGCGAGUUGGUGAUGUUGUCGUGAAGGAGGGCGACAGACUCAGCAUCGAUGGCGUCACAGGCGAGGUGAUGCUGGGAGAGGUGCCCACCAUGCCACCGACUUCUUCCGUGCUGGGGAAGCAGUUCCAGACACUCAUGAGUUGGACAGACCUCUUCCGCAGCCUGCAAGUGCGUGCCAAUGCGGAGACCAUCGCCGACACUCGUCAAGCCAAGGAGUUCGGUGCGGAAGGCCUGGGUCUGGUCCGCACGGAGCACAUGUUCUUCGCCGGCCGGCGUAUCGUCGCCGUGCGGCAGAUGAUCUUGGCCUCAGAUCAAAAGGAGCGAAAAGAAGCGCUACACAAAUUGCUUUUCAUGCAACGGGAAGACAUGGUAGAGCUCUUUGAGAUCAUGAGCGGUCUUCCAGUGACCAUCCGACUGUUGGACCCCCCGUUGCACGAGUUCCUCCCCCACACAGAGUCCGAGCUUGCCGCAGUGGCCAGAGCCGCUGGCAUGCCGCUGGAGCGCUUGAAGCGACGUGCUAACGAGAUUCAGGAGUCCAACCCAAUGCUCGGGCACCGCGGCUGCCGCUUGGCCAUCACCUAUCCAGAGAUUUGCGAGAUGCAGGCGCGUGCCAUCUUCGGAGCCGCCGCGCAAGUGAAGAACUGUCCCAUGGUGGAGGUCAUGGUGCCUUUGGUGGCCUCGCUAGAAGAGUUCAAGACAAUCAAGGAGAUCAUUGACAAGACCGCACAGGCAGUGCAGGCAGAG